CGCAAUUUGCAAAUGGCCGUGAAAAGGACUGAACUCGAGAUUCGAGGGUGUAUGAAGAGCUAAUGUUGGAUUUUAGCGUGUUAAAAACUGGUGUAUAAUUCGAUAUUUAGUGUGGUGCUGUGCAAGAUACAAAAUGUGCCAAAAAGUGAGAAUCCUGUCUUAAUGCCGGUAUAGGACGCGCCCGAAAACCGCUGGAGCGACGAUCGAAGGGACAUUGCUGACAGAAGGAGGUCGUUGCGUUGCGUGAUAUAAGACGCGGCGCGCGGUUGUCGAGCGGUCGGUACAUUUGAGAGGACAGGCCAAGCACCGCCAUGUCGAACAUAAAUGAAUUAGACAGCCUACGUCAAGAGGCGGAGACGCUAAAGAAUGCGAUCAGAGAUGCGAGGAAGGCGGCCUGCGAUACGUCGUUGGCGCAGGCGACGGCGAACCUCGAGCCCAUCGGGCGCAUACAGAUGCGCACACGACGCACGCUGCGCGGACAUCUCGCCAAGAUCUAUGCGAUGCACUGGGGCAGUGACUCCAGGAACUUGGUGUCUGCGAGUCAGGACGGCAAACUGAUAGUGUGGGACAGCCACACGACCAACAAGGUGCAUGCGAUACCGCUGCGCUCUAGCUGGGUGAUGACCUGCGCGUACGCACCCUCCGGCUCUUACGUCGCCUGCGGUGGAUUAGACAACAUAUGCUCCAUUUAUAGUUUGAAGACCCGCGAGGGUAACGUGCGUGUGUCCCGCGAGUUGCCCGGCCACUCGGGCUAUCUCUCCUGCUGCCGGUUCCUCGACGACAACCAGAUCCUCACCAGCUCUGGCGAUAUGACUUGCGCCCUGUGGGACAUCGAGACGGGCCAGCAGUGCGGCCAGUUCACGGGGCACACGGGCGACGUCAUGUCGCUGUCGCUGGCGCCCGACCAGCGCACCUUCGUCUCCGGCGCGUGCGACGCCUCCGCCAAGCUCUGGGACAUCCGCGAGUGCCAGUGCAAGCAGACUUUCCCCGGGCACGAGAGCGAUAUCAACGCCGUCACGUUCUUCCCAUCUGGGUUUGCGUUCGCGACCGGUUCUGACGACGCGACGUGCCGCAUGUUCGACAUCCGCGCGGACCAGGAGCUGGCCAUGUACUCGCACGACAACAUCAUCUGCGGCAUCACGUCCGUCGCCUUCAGCAAGUCCGGCAGGCUGCUACUCGCCGGCUACGACGACUUCAACUGCAACGUCUGGGACUCCAUGAAGAGCGAGCGCGCUGGUAUCCUGGCUGGACACGACAACCGCGUGUCUUGCCUGGGCGUGACCGAGAACGGCAUGGCCGUGGCCACCGGCUCCUGGGACUCGUUCCUCCGCAUCUGGAACUAAGCUCCUCCCCCCCGCACCCCUCCCGCACCCCCACCCUCUGCACCGCACCCUCUGCCGUCAACUUGUAACUACGUGUGAUUACAAACAGCCUCGCUAGCUGGGUAGAGAACGGACCAACAUUACUUCUAGAGCCUAGAGUCUAGAGCAUCUCUCUUCCAAGUCCUCGUUGAUCCCCGUCGCUCUACCCAACCAGCGAGGCCCAGUUUACAUGUGCGGAUGGAACUUGAAUGAUAAGUUGAUGGCUAGCCCCAGUUCAACCGGUGACGUCAGUUUCUAGUUUUAUAUUCGAUAUCAAGCGGUGUGUGAAUGUGUUAGCUUCUAAUUUUGAUAUCUUGCUGACGAUAGUCCAUGUAUUUCUUCAUUCGGUUCGACUAUCGCAGACAUUGGGUUAGCUCAAUGAGUAACGAAAUUCGACUUUGACAGACCUGAGUAUCAUUGGUCUUUAUAUUCUAAAGGGGCGGCUGUUUACCUAAACCUGUAUAAAGUCCAGUCAUCUUGUAGUUCAUUGUCAUUACGUAAAUAAUUUCUGAUUCGAGGCACAAAUGACUUGGUGUAUAUAAUGUCGUAUUGUGUUGUAAACUUUAAUUAUUCUGUAUAUCGGACGUAUGCGCACAACGAGCACAGACAUACGACACGAGUCGCCGCGUCACGGGACUGCUCCCGUAUAUAAAACUCGCUUUAUUUAUUUAUAAUUAUAAUUUCUAACAAUAUUAAAAGCAUUUAAACAACUUUUUAGGGAGGAAUGUAGUUUACAUGUAUGUGUGAGUGCGCUGUCAGUGUGCGUGUGUGAGCGUCAUUACUGAUCCAUUGUUCACAGCAUAACGUAUAUUAUUAUGUAUAAUU